CAGUGGACGAUUCUAAGUCGCGGAAAUGUCAACAUGGCGGAGGAAAAUAUGACAUCCGCCGUUAGCCCAGAAACAAGUGGGAAAAUAUGUGAAGAUGUGUUUGUCAAUGGGGGGACGGAUAUCAUGGACAGUGAUGUUAAGGAAUCAGAUGAUGUUGAAACACCAACCGAAGAAAAUCAUUCAAAUGAACCCGUCAUGCCACGAAAAAGUAGCUUCAUGUGCAAAGAUGGGAGCAGAAAACCACCUCGAAAAAAGACCGUAUCUUUCAGCAGCAUGCCCACAGAGCGGAAAAUUGCAACAGCUCAAGACUGUCUUCAGUGUAUGCAGAGUGGCAGUGAAUUAAUAAAAGUCCGCUCUAACAGUCGUCAAUACCAUCGUAUAUUUAAACUCAACCCAGACAUGACAGAAAUCCGGUGGCAACCGACAUCCAAAAAACCCCAUAAAGCGCGAAUAUCCAUUGCCGCAAUAAAGGAAGUAAGAGGAGGUAAAACCACAGAGGCCCUGAAGAACAAGGAGAUAGCUGGAAUCUACCAGGAUGAGUGUGCAUUCUCUAUCAUCUUUGGAGAAGACUUUGACUCCAUGGACCUCAUUGCCAAUACUCCAGAUGAGGCCAACAUAUGGAUCACUGGACUCACAUGUCUCAUCAACACAAGUGCCAAAACUGGAACAUCCCCUGAAGCCAUAGAAGAAAUGCAGCAAAUGAGAGAUUCAUGGUUACAGGAAAUGUUUGAAACUGAAGCUAGCCAGUCUGCAGGGACUUUGGAUGAGAAGGGUGUUAUUAAUCUAGUAACUAAACUAAAUAGCAAUAUUGCUCCAGCCAGGGUGCGGCAAAAAGUCAAGGAAAUCGAAUUAAACCGAGUUGAAGCUGCUGAGAGAGGGAGGUUGAGCACUGAAGAAUUUAUCUGCCUCUUUAAGGAAAUUUCAACUCGACCUGAAAUCUACUUCUUAUUAGUACGAUAUGCUAGCAAUACAGACUACCUCACAACAGAUGACCUACUUCUAUUUUUGGAAGCAGAACAAGGGAUGCAAAGAGUAACGAAAGACAAAUGUAUUGACAUAAUCAAUAAGUUUGAGCCCUCCAAAGAUGGCAGAAAGAAAGGGCAAUUAGGAAUAGAUGGAUUUACGGAUUAUCUUUUGUCCGAGGAUUGUGAUAUAUUUGAUCUUGACCAGAACAAAAUUUGUCAGGACAUGCACCAACCUUUGAGUCAUUAUUUUAUAGCCAGCUCCCACAACACGUACUUAAUGAAAGACCAGUUGCAAGGUCCAUCAAGUGUGGAUGCCUAUAUACGUGCCCUCAUUAGAGGAUGUCGCUGUGUAGAGUUGGAUUGCUGGGAUGGACCAAAUGAAGACCCCAUUAUUUACCACGGACAUACCUUCACAUCUAAGAUACAGUUCAAGGCCGUGAUUGAGGCCAUCAAUACUUAUGCAUUUGAAACCUCCGAGUAUCCUGUGAUAUUGUCGAUAGAGAAUCAUUGUAACAUCAAACAACAGCAGGCAAUGGCUGCAUAUAUGACCUCAAUAUUUGGAGACAAGCUGUGUCAGGAAUGUGUUGGGGAAAAUGAAGAUGGUCCCCCCUCACCAGAAUCUCUGAAAGGAAAAAUACUUGUCAAGGGUAAAAAGCUGCCACCUAAUUCUGUGGAUGGGUAUGUCACUGAUGAGGAUGAAGGGGCAGAGUCUGACAAAAAGAAAAACAACAAAAGCAAGGACCACCCUGUUAAGAAGCAUAAACUGGCCAAAGAGUUGUCUGAUUUGGUAAACUAUUGUGUUUCCACAAGAUUCCAGGACUUCCAAAUCUCCCAACAGAAACAGAAAUUCUAUGAAAUGUGUUCAUUCAGUGAAUCCACGGCCAUCAAACUGGCCAUGAGCUGUCCGGAGGAGUUUGUGAACCACAAUAAGAAGUUCCUAUCUCGUAUCUACCCCAAUGGCAUGAGGGUAGAUUCUAGUAACUAUAACCCACAGGACCUAUGGAACUGUGGCUGCCAGAUGGUGGCCUUAAAUUACCAAACCCAUGGACUGAUGAUGGACCUGUACAAUGGAUUCUUUCGUCGUAAUGCGAUGUGUGGAUACAUCCUGAAACCGGCGAUAAUGCGGGAGGAGAUAGCGUAUUUCAGUGCCAACACAAAAGAUGUCAUUCCAGGGGUUUCACCUCAAAUACUACACAUAAAGGUCAUCAGUGGUCAGCAUUUUCCUAAACCAAAGGGCUCUGGUUCCCGUGGUGAUGUCACAGACCCAUAUGUUACCAUAGAGAUAUUUGGAAUCCCAGCUGACUGUGCAGAGGAGAGAACCAAAACUGUGCCUCAUAAUGGAUAUAGUCCAAUAUUUGAUGAGAGUUUUGAGUUCCAAAUCAACCUUCCUGAGCUGGCGUUGGUUCGGUUUGCGGUGCUGGAUGAUGAUUACAUAGGAGACGAAUUCAUUGGACAGUACACCAUUCCUUUUGAAUGCAUGCAGACUGGAUACAGGCAUAUUCGAUUAUGUUCGAACACAGGAGAAGAGAUUCCCAACUGUACCCUGUUUAUUCAUGUGGCCAUCACAAAUAAACGUGGAGGAGGGAAAGCUCAUAAACGAGGUAUGUCAGUGAAGAAGAAAACCAAGCGAGAUUACACCAGUAUGAAGUCAGUGGGAGUCAAAAGCAUUGAUGAAACAUUUAAGGUUGCCAUCCAGCCACUGCGAGAUGGCACAGACCUCAGGGACAAUGUACAGAUAACUUUGGCAGAUUUCAAAGAAACCUGUGGCUUAUCUCCUAUUGCCAACAUCAAACAGUGCUUCCGUUUAAUGAGUACUCGACUGUCUAACUCAACAGAACAGGCAAAUCUGUCACUCAUAAUGAGUGGAGAUUAUCCAAGCUUAGAAGCUCAGGGCAACCUUCCAGACAUUUUGAAGAAAGCUCUCAUUUCUUUUGAUGAGCUGGUUGCUGAAAUUAAGAAUUUGCUAGAAAAUGCAGACACAGUUUAUGAAAGGUUGCUGCAUUGUAAGAGAGCAGGAACGGAGUGGCAUGAAGAUCUUGAAAACGUUUGCCAACAGGCGGGACUAAAGGGCAAAAAGUUAUCCAAGGCUAUGGAGAACUUCUCAUGGAAUAUUAGGGUAUUAAAAGGACAAGCAGAUUUAAUAAACCAAGCCAAAAAAGAAAACCAAGAAUAUCUGAGACAAAUCACAGAAGCAGCACAAUCAAUGGGAGCUGGAAAAUUCAGCGAGGGUCAGAUUGAUAUGCCCGAGACACUGGAUAGUCCAUUAUGAUGAUGUCCCAGUUGCCGUUGUCUGCACUGGUACGAUUUUCCAGGGAUGCAACUGACAAUGAAACCACAAGCAAGGAAACCCACCAGGGCUCAAUGCGUCUACACCAAUGUUGAAACUCAUCAAGCUACUUCCCAGCUGAUUAAAAUGAAUGCCAAAACAUUAUUGUUGUUAGGUGUUAAACAUAGGAUGUUGCUGGCCGACAUACCAAGUUGUCAGAAUCUCAUGUGAUAGUUGGAGAGUCAGCUUUUUCUUUCCAGGGUUAAGUUUCUCUGUAUUGUAGUCUAACCCCUAAAUUUCUUAUACAGUACAUAAAUGUAGAAUAAUACAAUAAAUAGGGUCCGAAGGAUAUUUUUUUUUUUUUUAAAUCGUCCAUUGUGUUCAAAGUAGAUUAUCCCACAAUGUUGAUGUUUACUCGAGGUUGAAUCAGUAUAUUUUGUUAUAGAGCUGCAUUUGUAUGUACUUGUGCACUUACUAUAUUAUAUACUUUAGAGAUUGUAGAGGGAUAUUUAUUUGAUGUUGACUUCUGUCUGACACAUCGUGUGUUCCUUUGUGAUCUAGUCUAAGUCUUGCCAGGAUCAUACACUGUAUAUGAUUAUAAAUCUGUGAUUUUUAAGCUGUCAUUAGAUUUGUUUGCAGUAACGAAAAACCAAUACUAGAAACGUAUGUUAGCACUGCAUGAUAUGUGAUAUAUACAUGUAUUUCGUUUAUUUUUUUUUCACACUUAGCAAUGCGAAUACAUGUAUAUCACUCAAAGGCAAUAUGUUGCAAAUUUUUAUAAUAAUUUGUGUACAAAAUAAAAAGUUAAAUAAAUCGGUAUACUCGUAGAAGCUAAAUGUUGUGAGUGGUAAAUGUUAGGGCAUAAAUACAGUAGCUGUGAUGUGAUGAUAGGUCUGGCCCGUGUCCUCGCCUGUAUAGAUGUACGUGUGCCACAAUCAUCUAAGUAACUUAAACCAUAUGCUGUGUAAUUGGUAGCUUCUGCGGUUGUCCAUUGUCUGCGGAAUUUAGAGGAUAGGAAAAAUCUGCAAAAUUACAAUGGCUAAAUAUAUAUAGGUAUAUAUAGAUAUAAUGCAACCUUAUAAACUGGAAAUGUAGAAAAUAUUUUGCUUCCACUUAGGGAUCAUAUUGCAUAAAUUUCCAACCGCAGAGAAUAUCUAUUAUAUGGUGUAAUUACCCUGUAAUGUCCUAAUAACUUCAGGUAGCUCAUAUAAAUUUUUAACCAUUUUAAUAUUAGUGCUAGCAUAUGUUUAAUAAUAUUUCAUGUCAAGAACAGAUUGGUUGGAGUUCUGAUAUUGAUACUCUAAGAAACUUUGCCAAAUCAACCAUUUUUGGUUUCUGUGUGUUUGUAAGCUCGACUUUUCCUGUGAAUUGGGAUUUUAAUCUGCAGUCACCAUCUGAUGUGAAUUAGCACUCUCCACCCUAAGAAUACUUACUGAGACUGUCUUGUGUUUGGCAUACAUAUAGUAUGUAGCAGAAAUUUUUAAAGUGUUUACUAGUUUCGUUUGGAUAUGAUAUAAUUUUUUUUUUUUGCAACUGUACAUAAGUUAAUCCAUAACAAUAGAUGCUUUGCAAUGUAUAUGAUUUAGCAAAAGGUCAUGUUUGCCAAAGGCGCUUAAAAAGGAAUGCACCACCAAAUGUAUUACAUUUACAGUACGUGUAUUAUGUAUUUCAUGUCCUUGUCAAUUUACAUCAAGCCCUAUACUGACUUAAUUUUAUUGCGUACAUAUCUCUGAGACAAUGAGAUGAUCAACAAAGUUGAUUUUGCAUAAAGAAAUAAACCUUAUUGAACCGCUCAUCACGGUUUUGUAACCUAAAUGACUAUAGCAGCCUUACUGCACCUCCAUAAUUGUGAUACACCUCUAUAAUUGUUUCACAUAGUUCUCCAUACUUUAAAAUUGAUACAUAAAAACCCAAAUACAAUAUUUAGAAUUUUUGAUAUGUUUUCUUAAGAAUGGUUUACAUUGUUAAAUAUUGUCUUGCGUAGGCCAUAAUAAUGUUUUAUCUUGCCUGAGCCUAAGGCAUAGAGAUUUUCUGAUGUAUAUAUAUAAACUACCACACUUGUCAGGGAUGUUCCUGGAGUGGCCCAGAGAAGGUGUUGCUAGCUUUAGAAUGAUCAAAAUUUGAUUAAUUGUAGCCCUGUUGUUCUAGACAAGGUUUUCACCAAUAUAAAACUUUGUUUACAGCGGUGUAAGCGUUAUGAUCCUACAGUCUGAUUUUUCGCAGCCUUCAUUGGUAGAAACACUAUUUUCUGUCAUACUUUAUGUUCAAAACAAAGAAUCUCAUUUUUGACAUAGAAAAUUAUUAUGAUGUUUUGUUGUUGAUAGUGUAAUAUUAUGUUUUAUAGGAAAAAUACCUACUUUGUGUAUGUGAGGAGGUUGCUUUUUAUGCCCCCAUGUUACAGAUCAGAGGGCAUAUUGUUUUUGGUUUGUCUGUCCAAAAUCAACCUUGCUCAGAACUUUUGAAUGGUGAGUGAUAGGGUUUUCAUAUUUCAUGUGCAUUCCUUGUGACAAGACCUUCCUUUUGGUACCAAAGUUUUGACCUACAUUUAAGAAAAGUAAAUCUAAGCAAUUUAUCCUAAAUUAUUUAAAGUAGGGCUUUCAUAAUUUGUAAAUAGAUUCCUUAUAACAAAACCUUUAUUUGUUUCUUUAUUGCCAAUUGUGGCUAAUAGUGUUUCACAAAAACGCUUUGUUUUAUCAGGUUUGUUUUUUACAUCAGCAUUUAUUUUUUUCUUUUGUAAUGACAUCCCGAGAUCUUCAGUUUCCUUUGUCAUGUAAAUAUAAAAAAAGAUGAGGAGAUAAAUAAAUGACUAAUAUAUUUAUAGGGUUGCCAUCUGUCUCUGGUUUGCAGUUAAUUUUUUUUUUUCAUAAGCAUUCAGCCAUAAGUUUUUAGUUGCAAUAUUAAUGAAUUUGUGAAAAAAGAGGACAUAAUCUUGGACUUGUAUAAUGGAUUUAACAUUUUCAAAUAUCAAAAAUUUUCCACAUCUUCUGUUGUAUAACUUACACAUAGAUCGAUUAUCAUCAUCUAUGAUGCUUGUUUGAUGAGAGUACAAGUAAUGCCCGAUUUUCAGAGAGCCCAAAUUUUCAUCUGCUUUAUCAAAGCUACCUUUAUUUUGCUAUUUUAUGCAUCUGAUAAGAGAUUUGUAGAUUUGGAGCUGCAGUCAAUUAAUGUAGUUGAAACUAUGUAUUGAUUAUUAUGGAUUGUAGAUGAAUUAUAUUUUUUUAUAUUAAACAGGAAAACCAGUAUAUAAGUUUGAAAUGGGGGAUGAAUGAGUGACGUCUGAAUGUUAUACCAGUAAUCACUUGUUAGAUUUCAUAAGGUGUAUAAAAAUAGAUUACAAUGAGCAUAAGGAACUUCAGAGGUUCACAGAUUUAAAACCAGGUCCCCAUUACAGUAGGGUGUGAGCAGUAGGACAAAGCAAAUGACCUGCAAGCAGUGUACGGGGGCGGAGCUAGGGACGGUUUGAUGUGGCAGCAAAAGAGACAGGUGUUUGGGGAGCACUUUAAGGCUGCCAAUAGACCCAGGACAACACCCGGGGUCUGCAUUUUCAGCAAUGGUGACAUCCAAAUGCAUGUGUCUAGAAAAAAGAUAUCAGCAAAAUUGCCUGAAUUAUUGAUUUUAUCAUGAAAGUUAAUGAUAAAGUAGAAAAUGUAUCUGCCAUUUUAAAUUUUUAUAGAUGUAUAACAUAUAAAAAAAUUCAGAAAGACAUUUUUACUGUAAGAUCAUAAUUGUUGAAAUAUGAUCAAUGUUUGCAAUAUGCAUUUUGCAUUAUGUUUAUCGAUAAAAGUCAGUAUUUGCUUGUUUUGUGUGGAAGCACUUGUAUACGCCCCUGAGUACCUCCUUGCAAUGAGGGCUUUGAGUACCAUUUGCAAAUGAUAUUCAGUGACCCUGAAUUUCAAAGUUGACAUCUGUUAGCUGAGAAAUUGAAGACUUUGUUACAGUUAGUUUUGAUAGGAUUACAUUGACAUUACAAAAAAAUUACUCGAUCACCUUAUGAUAUCUAAUUUCUUCCUUAGAGAUUUGAUUGUAAGAUGCAUGUCUUUUAAGAUAUAUCAGAGUAAAAAAAAAUGUGAUUAAAUUGACAAUCGUAAGUAUGUAUAUAUUUUAAGCACAAUAUCCUGCUUGGAUGAAAUAUUCCAGUACUAUGGAGGCAGAAAUGAGUUAAUACGUGUAAUGAUAAAUUUCAGAAAUUGGAUGAAAAUCAAGCAGCUAGAUCACUUUGUCUUUUAUUCACUACUUUGAUGAUAGCCUAAAACAGAUUGAUUUGUUGUGAUUUCUUAUUGGUAAAUGCUCACUUUUAAGUGUUUGACAACAUGGCAUACAAAAAGUAAGCUUCGAGAUUGUUGAGAUAUUGCAAUAAUUGCCACCCCACCCCCCUUUUUCCAAGAUACAUGUAUGUGAUUAUUCUGAGCUAUAAUUUCAGAACUGGAUGAUAGCAUAUUAAAAGGAAAUUUGUUUAUUAUAUAUGAUUUAAAGGUAUACUAUAGCAUAAUUUUUUUUAGUCUCUGUAAAGUAGCUAGUAACAUUUUCGAUCUAUAUUUUAUGCUUGUUUGUUUUUUGUACUGUUAAGUUUCUCAGUGAGCAUAAUGGGCUAGUAUUUAUAUUGCUUCUUUGUUUUAUUAUACUUGAUUGUUUACUGCAAAAGCCGUAUUUUUAAGGGAGGAACUUCCCCGUUGAAUUUUGAUGUACAUUUUAUUUCCUGUUUCUGUUUUUAUUGUUGCUGUCAUAUUUCUGCGUUUUACGGAGGUUUAACGAAUAGAAAAUCAUCAGAGAUCUUCACUUGUUAAUACAAUAUUGUAUUAUACUUAUUGUGUCGUAUACUGUCCCAGACACAGAAUGAAAGUAUUUUAUGAAGUAGGAACGAGAGUUUUCUUCAACCCAACUUCAAUACAACAUGUAAUAAUGGUUAUAUUUUUAAAUGUGUUGAUGUGUCAUGUUCUUAAAAUCAACACACCAUUAUUUAACCAUGGAAGAUUUAUAUUCUGAAACAAUAGAAUUAUUUGUUCAAUUAUUCAGUUAUUUAUUCAAUUAUUCAGCUGUAUAGCUGAAUUCUAUGCAUUUUCCACUUUAAAUAUCGGAAGACCCCUCUUAAAUGAUUUAUCAAUUGCUCUAGAAUCGCUAGUCAAUCGACUCCUCUGUUCCAUGAUAAACAUGCUUAAUGCUUGUUAUCAGUUAAGUUCAUUGUUUGUUUGACUUGAAUUGUUGUGUUCAUUGUUUUUGUUAAGAAAACCAAACAGAGAUAACAAUUUAUAGACGGUAUUGUCUGUUCCUAUUUGUGUACCCUGAUGGUUGGGAUAAAUUGAGCGAAAGUAUUUUGUAAUCGGUAUAUUGAUUGUAUGUACAUUGGUCAUCAUUUUUACACAAGCAAUAAAUAAUGAAUAGAUUCAUAAAA